UAGUUACUUCCUCGUAUUAUAUAUAUAUAUAUAUACAUGUACAGAAAGAGUCUUAUUCCAUAGCUCAUUUCUUAUUUUGGAGGUGCUCUAAUUCAUCUCAUCCCCCAAAGGAAAAAGUUAUUUUUCACAAUAGUAGAUCUAGUGCGUGUCUAAAUGUGGAAACUAAAUGUUUCAAGCGAUCAAGGACCAUUUAGCAAAUGGCUCUUUACUACCAACAACUUCGCGGGAAGACAAACAUGGGAAUUUGAUCCAGAUGCUGGGACUCUUGAAGACAAAGCUGAAGUCGAAAAGGCUCGCCAAGAGUACUAUGAAAAUAGAUAUAAAGUCAAAACCAGUGGGGAUGUCAUACUUCGAUUGCAGCAACUGAGAGAAAACAAAGAUAAAUUUGAUCUAAGCAUACCUCCAGUGAAGAUAGCCGAGGACGAAGAAGUAACUUAUGAAUCUGUGACAACCACGUUGCGGAGAGCUGUCCAGUUCUUCUCUGCAAUGCAGACAGAUGAUGGCCAUUGGGCUUGCGAAAUUGGAGGACCGUUGUUUUUCAUGCCACCCUUAAUUUUCACGCUAUAUAUCACGGGUACUCUUCAUACAAUGUUAUCACGGGAACAUAUAAAGGAGAGUCUCUGGUACAUGUACUGUCACCAGAAUGAAGAUGGAGGUUUCGGAUUUCAUCAAGAGGGGCACAGUACCAUGUUUGGUACGGUCUUGAACUACAUUUGUAUGCGUAUUUUAGGAGAAGGGCAGGACGGUGGUAAAGACAAUGCUUGCGCCAGAGCACGGAAAUGGAUUCUUGACCAUGGUGGCGCUACGUCUACACCUUCUUGGGGAAAAACUUGGCUUUCGGUACUUGGAGUUUAUGACUGGUCAGGUUGCAACCCAUUACCUCCUGAGUUUUGGCUUCUUCCCUCAAUGCUACCCAUGCAUCCUGGUAAGAUGUGGGUUUACUGUCGGUCCGUUUACAUGCCGAUGUCGUAUCUAUAUGGGAAGAGAUUUGUUGCACCCAUGACAGAUCUUACAUUAUCAUUAAGAGAAGAGAUUCAUAUUCAACCAUACCAUAAAAUUAAUUGGAAUAAUGCUCGUCAUGCAUGUGCUAAGGAGGAUCUCUACUAUUCCCAUUCCUUCGUCCAGGAUUUUCUGUGGGACUCCCUCCACCAUUUCGCAGAACCACUUCUAAAACUAUGGCCAUUUUCUAAGUUGAGAGAAAAGGCUUUGCAAGUAACAACAAAGCAUCUCCGGUACGAAGAUGAGACAACUCGUUACCUUGACAUCGGUGCUGUAGAGAAGUCGUUAUUUAUGCUCGCUUCUUGGGUGGAAGAUCCGUAUUCAGAUGAAUUUAAGAAGCAUCUCGCAAGAGUCCCUGAUUACUUAUGGCUUGCUGAAGAUGGACUCAGAAUGCAUAGUAUAGGUUGCCAAACAUGGGAUACUGUUUUCAGCCUACAGGCACUUUUAGCAAGUGGUGAUCUUAUGGACGAAAUUAGUCCCACUAUUCUACGGAGAGGCCACGAGUUCAUAAAAACGUCGCAGGUUAAAAAGAAUCGAGCAGGUGACUUCCGAAAAAUGUUUAAUCACAUCUCGAGAGGAGCAUGGACACUUUGUGAUCAAGAUCAUGGCUUGCAAGUUUCAGAUUGUACUGCAGAAGGUCUAGUGUGUUGUCUCUUGUUCUCACAAAUGCCGGCCGAAGUCGUUGGGGAAAAAAUGCCAGUAGAGUGUUUGUAUGACUCGGUUGAGUUCCUGUUUUCCCUGCAGGGUCCAGAUGGUGGAAUGGCAGUAUGGGAGCCUGCAAAAUCGCCAGAAUGGUUGGAGAUACUCAAUCCAUCAGAAUGCUUCGAGAACAUUGUUGUGGAACAUGAAUAUGUCGAGUGCACUGCAGCUACGGUUCACGCUCUAGUACUGUUUGGGAAGGUGCAUCCUGGAUACCGAGAACAAGAAAUAGAAAAUUUCAUAACAAAGGCAAUAUGCUUCAUCGAAAGCCAACAAAACCCAGAUGGUUCAUGGUAUGGGAAUUGGGGAAUAUGUUUUGUAUAUGGAACAUGGUUUGCUCUAAAAGGUCUUUCCGCGGUCGGGAAAAACUGUGACAACAGCUUGAUUGUUCGCAAGGGCUGUCAAUUUUUGUUGUCAACACAGAAAGCAUCUGGAGGAUGGGGAGAGAGUUACCUUUCAUGCCCAACUAAGGAAUAUGUACCCCUUGAAGGUAAUGAGACAACCUUGAUACAAACUGCGUGGGCUUUGAUGGGUCUUAUCCAUGGUGGCCAAGCAGAAAGGGAUCCGAUUCCUCUUCACCGUGCAGCAAAGGUAUUAAUCAAUGAUCAGAUGGAAAAUGGAGAUUUUCCACAACAGAGAAUUGGAGGUGUUUUUAUGAAGAAUUGUAUGACACAUUAUGCAUCAUACAGAAGUGUGUUCCCGUUAAUGGCACUUGGAGAAUAUCGUCGCAUGCUCCAAAAGCUGAGCAUGAAAUGAAAAGUAUCUUCAUUAGAUAGCCCAUUUUGGACUUGCUGGUUUUUUUCUAGAAGAACCAAGUGCUACUCUACAAAAAUCGCACACUCAAAUCUGGAAUUCGAAUAUACUCAUGGGUUACCAUGCAUUUAUGAGCUAUGCUUAAACAUAUUAAGCUCUAAAAAACCAAAGUGACCAAAUAUAAGCUACAAAAACUCUAGUCAUAUUAUUGGUCAUAAAUAAAAAUCAUUGGAAGAAAAAAUGGAACAAAAACCCCAUUUCAUUCGAUGAUAUGUAAAAUUAGUUUUUAAGAUUUUUCAAAAAUCCAGAACUGACCUUCCGCGUAUAUUCGGCCGAUUUCAAAGGAAACUUUGAUGGAAGUUAAUUGAAAACAGCUCAAAAAAAAAUCUUCUCCCAGUUUCUUCGUGUUUUCUUAGGGUUUCAAUUCAAAAAUUCGAUUUCACAGAAGAGAAGAGAAGUUAAUUCGUGAUCAUCUCCUGCCGAUUUUUGAAUUUAGAUCGAUUCGAUUUCUUAGUUUUUGAUCA